CACAGAGUGCAAAAGAGGAGAGUCAGAUGUUGUAACGACUCCGAGUGGAGAGUGUGUGAUUGUCCAUGAAAAUAAAGAGGCUGUGGAUCUCUCACAGUACAAACUACAGGUUCUACUUUGACGAGGUUUUUGGGGAGGAGAGCUCCAACGAGGAGGUGUAUCAAAGAACAGCAUAUCCUCUGGUACAGCACAUGCUCAAUGGAGGUAAGGCCACCUGCUUUGCAUAUGGCCAGACAGGUGCGGGGAAGACUCACACCAUGUUGGGUUCUCCUUUGAGACCAGGGUUGUAUGCACUGGCAGUCCUGGACAUCUUUGCAUACCUCUCCACCACUCACAUGCACACACCCUUGCUGGUGUAUGUGAGUUUAUUUGAGAUCUACUGUGGUCAGCUGUAUGACCUCUUGGACCACAGAAAAAGGUUGUUUGCCAGGGAGGAUGGACAAAAGGUGGUCCACAUUGUUGGGCUGCGUGAUAUCAGAGUGGACUCAGUCAGCUCACUGUUGGAGGUGAUUUUACGGGGUACAGAAGAGCGCACUCAAGGAAUGAGUGGCGUGAAUCCCCUCUCCUCUCGUUCCCAUGCCUUGCUUCGGAUUCAGCUAAGAGAUACAAACCAGCAGAUUGCUGGUAGAAUGUGGUUUGUGGACCUAGCAGGAAGUGAGAGGGCAUCAGAUACCAAAGAACCAAAUAGGCAGAGCCGUAUGGAGGGAGCUGAGAUCAACCAGAGUCUCUUGGCUCUUAAAGAGUGUAUCCGGUCUCUUGAUCAAGAGCAGUCGCACACACCUUUCAGACAAAGCAAACUCACUCAGGUUUUGAAAGACUCGUUUGUUGGAGACUCGAUGACAUGCAUGAUUGCCAACAUCUCACCUGGUCACUUGGCAACUGAACACACACUAAAUACACUGAGAUAUGCCGACCGGGUGAAGGAGUUGAAGGGACAAAUAGGGCUGAGAGGUGGAAGAAGGGGCAAGACAAUACACUCCCCCAAACGUAACCUGUCCAACAGCAGCAGCAGCAGCCGAGGCAACAUUGUUGGCACAAGAGGGAAGAGUCCCCCUAAAAAGCCAAAGUUAGGACGACAAAGAGAGGAUUUUGGCCUCACCACACCUACCACGAGAUUGACCACAGGAGGUUCAAUUAUCUGCUCCACACCCAAAAACAGCAGAUGGGGAGAGGAAACAAAUCCAAGCGCAAGAAAGGGGAUUGGACUUGAACACAUUACACCAGUCAACGGUUUGGGAAUAAGUGAUACUAGAAAGAGGACAGGUGGGAGGGAAGGUAGAAUAAGAACAAGGUAUGGAGUAACUGACAGUGUAGGCCACUCAGAUGGUGAAAAACAGUUCAUGGCAGGGCUGGUCUUGGGACAAGCAAUAGAUGAGAAGAUUGUCUUGAGGGAGGUACAUAAGGAAUCAGGAUUCAACCACAGAGAAAAAGAGAAUCAGCAAAGCACUUUAGAGGAAAGAAGACGGAUAGAACAGGGAAGACAAGGGGAAAGCAGGACAGACACAAGUAGUGAAGUAGAAAGGCUACAUAAAAGAGAUAUACAAAAAGAUGAUGAAAGGAAUAAGGAGAGGGAGAGGCAUCUGAGACAGUAUCACCAGCAGCUGCAGCAGUGUAUGCCUUCGUCAGCUUCUUCAUCUGUCCAUCUCUUCUCACCCUCUACAUGUCCAUCGUUUUCUUCUUCUAAUCAGGCCUCUCUCUCUUCUUCUGUCUCUCCAUCUUCCUGUUCUUCUCUCAAAAACACUUCCCGCUUCUCAGUUUCUGAGUGUAUGCAGCAUGGUUUGGGAGAGAUGUUAGAUGCAUGCAGAGCUAGGGUUGAGGUUAGGGCUGAUUGUAUCACUAAAAAGUUGUCUUUCAUCCCCCGUGGAGACAUUUGCUUACAAACUGAAACCUCUCCAAGCUACAGUAAAAAUAAGGAUCAGGUUGGUGACGGUGGUUCAAGUGGUGUUGGUGAAAAGUGGAGGGUAUCUAGGGAGGGAAGAGAAGCAAUAUGUGGACAAGACAGAGGUAAACAUGAGAAGAAGUCACAUAAGGAAACAGGGGAAGGAGAUGUAAGAGUAAGGAGGGAAGAGAGGAGGCCAGUUGGGAUAGAAGGAGGAAAAGAGAGGUGGUGGGCUACAACAUCAGAGACAGAGCGGGCAAACAGGAUGACAGGUCCAAUACCAGCUGAUGGAGAGGCCUUAGUGGUGUACAACUGUGACUCAGAAGAGAGCAGAGACGUGGGUGGAGAAGAAACAGAUCCAUCAGAUGACCCAGGUGAUGGAGUGUGGAGUACUGAGGAGCGAGAAGAAGUUGAUGGCUACGGUUUACCGUCCAACCACAGCGGCAUUGACAGCAACAGCCUCUUUAACCACCCUCCUGCUGAGUCAUCCCCUCAACGAGCUCCAGCUGAACGACCCCUCUGCUCAGCCUGUAAACACACCACCGCAACCCUGACCCCUAAUAAACUCAGUGAUCUCACCCGUAAGUUUAAACAUACCAGAUGCCCCUCAAACAUUGCCCCUCUGCUAUUGCGAAAUGCUCAAAAGGAAAUGCCUUCAAGCAGCUAUAAAGAGAAGCAACCAGGGCUUGCUGCUCUCGCCAAUAGAACAAACUUUUCAAAUUCUCAAUCGGCCAUACUACCUCUCACUACUCCCAUCACACGGGGCGGUUGUAAAAUACCUGCUAACCCCCUCAACAUAUUAUCUGAAAGUCCAGCUUACACAAUGGUACACAACCAUCCAGAGGUCAGAGCCAAAAGGUCUGUUUUACCUCAAGAAGUGACCGCUGAUUCUCUCAGUUACAUCAUAGACCCCAUUAGCAUCUCCUUGCUUCAAGUGGACCGACAGACUGCCACAGCCUCGUUCCUCCAAGGGGAAGAGAAACAAACCUCAUUGUGUCCGCUUGAACUUGAAAGAGAAGAAGAUGACAGGCGGGAAGUGGAAAAAGAACGUCUCACAUAUGAAGAGAUAGCGGGGGAAAUUUUAGUGGACGAGGACGUGGAAUUUCGCUUGUCUUUUUUGGAGCUGCCAAAGGCAAAGACUGUCUGCCCUCUCAUCUCUGACACCAUGACAGCUACAAAUCACACUGAGCAAAUAAAAGGCAUGUAUACACAUAUGACCAUUGUGGAAGAGGUAUGA